AUGGGAUCUACUUUGUCCAAAGAAAAAGUAAAGACAGCUUUACUGAAGCUGUUAAAGAAACGGGGAAUAAGGCUUAAAAAUGAAACUGUACAAAAGUUCUUAGAUGCGGUGGCGCAUCACGCUCCAUGGUUUUUGGAGGAGGGAUAUAUCAAUUCCUCCUCCUGGGGCAAACUUGGUGAAGAUCUCAAAAGGGUCGAUUCACCAGGAGUACUUCCCCCCGGUGCGCUGGCCAUCUGGACCCUAGUGCAAUCUUGCCUGGGUGACGCCUCUGGAAAGUUUGAGGAGGAUAUCGUGAACAGGGCCCAGGCUCUAGAGGAGUUACAAGAGGAAAUAUCUCAACAGGCUGAAGGAAGCUCUGUUAGCAAUGAGGAAGUAGAGGAGAAGAGCUGUUCUGGGGAGGAAGAGGAACUAGGCGAAGGGGACUUGGAAUCUCUCUUCAUGAGAUUAGAAGUGAUGGGGGGCCGUAGUAAGGAAAAGAGGAGGCCCAGACUGAUAAACUUAGGUGAUCACCGCGAGGACCCUCUACCUUCGCCUUCUGCUCCGCCAGGUUAUCCUGACUUCCAGAAGGGUGGCGGGCCGCUUCUUUGGGGAAGUGGCCGUUCUUAUAAUGCUCAGACUUGGGCAAAAGUCACUUCCUAUCUGGGAGCAUUCCCUGUGUUUCAGGAUCAGAAUAAUCAGAGGAUAUACGAACCUCUAGACUGGAAAAUAAUUCAGAGGCUGAAAGAGUCCAUCUCCACAUAUGGGACUCAGGCUGCCUAUACCAUUACACAAGUUGAGAGUCUUCAAAGGAAUUGUAUGACGCCCUUCGAUUGGCAAAAUUUGUGUAGGGCAGUCUUGUCAGAGGGAGCAUAUCUUAACUGGAAAGCUGCCUACCUGGAAUAUUGUGUGGAACAAGCUGCAACUAAUGCGGCAAACGGUCAACCUGCAUGGCGUGUUAACAUGCUAAUGGGGCAAGGCAACUUUGUGAACCAGCAGACUGGGUAUCCUGUACAAGUUUACAAUCAAAUUAAUGAGAUGGUGGUUAAAGCAUGGAAGAUGCUCUCAGGGACAGGAGACCUUGGAUCUAGUCUGUCUAAAGUAUUACAGGGACCUAAUGAGCCUUUUUCAGAUUUCUUGGCAAGGCUAGUGGAGACGGCCUCACGGGUGUUCCCCAACGUGGAUGCAGCGAUGCCCUUAGUCAAGCAGCUGGCCUAUGAGCAGGCAAACAAACCAUGUAGGGAUGCCAUCCGGCCUUAUAAACAGAAAACAUUGGAUGUUUGGAUAAAAGUUUGUAGAGAUAUUAAUGAAACAGUAAUCCAGGGGCAAGCUUUGGCUGCAGCUAUUGUAACUGGACUAAGAGGAGGUCCGUUGAAUUUGGGACAGGGAUCGUGA